AUGGGGCAGUUUGAAUCGGUUGAAACUUUGCCUCUACUGUACCCAAUGUCCGAUCAGUUUUUUUCUGAUCCAAUUAUCGGAACUUAUCUCUCUUUUCCUCCGGUUCCGACGAAUCAGACCCAAAAACCGGUCAACCCACCUCGCUGUUGUCCAGUUUCAGGCAAUGGUAUAUCGAUUUUGGACGAUAAUAGACCGGAAAACCCACCUGUUCUCGAAGGACUUGCUGCUAUUGUUGGUGAACAUGUUCUAUUUGGGUGUGGUAAUGGUGAGAGAAAUGGUUGUCACGGCAAGGAGAAAGACAAUUUGGAGUUUAUUCCAGCUAUGCAGCGUGUUGGGUCAGAGAAAUUUAAGCCGGUGGAUGAGAGGAGAAGUGUGGGUGGUGUUUCAGUGCAGAAGAGCUACAGAGGUGUGAGGAAGAGGCCAUGGGGGAGGUGGUCAGCGGAGAUACGUGACCGUAUUGGCCGGUGCCGUCACUGGCUCGGCACUUUUGACACCGCCGAAGAGGCCGCGCGUGCUUACGACGCGGCAGCGAGGAGGAUGAGAGGGUCUAAAGCUCGGACAAACUUUGAUAUUCCUCCAAUUUUGCCUCUCUCAUCACUUACGACUUCUUCUUCUCCAUGGGAGAUGAAGAAUUCUGGAAGAAGUAAUAAGUCCAAGGAGAAGAAGAAUAGUCCAAAGUGUUCAGUGGUAACUUGUGUCUCUCACCUCUUCAGUAAUUCAACCUUUUCUACCCCUACUAUCAGUGAAGCAAAGGGGGGUGUUAAUGAUAUGUAG